AUGUCGUGCUACCUCCAGCAGAGCCUCCCUCCCGUCUACCAAGACCCCAUCCCCAUCAAGUACCCACCAACAUACUGUGCCAGACAGCUGUCAGUGCCUACCUGGCACUCGACACUGUGCACCCCACAGUAUGUCACCCCAUGUGUCCCCCGGCAGCAGAUCAUGUCCUCCAGCUUCUCCCAACAGCACUGUGUGACCAAGUGUGUCCCACAACAACAAUACGCAACCAAGUGUGGACCACAGCAGCAGAGCCUGACCCAGCGCAUCCUCCAGCAGCCGUGUGUCCCUCGCUGCGUGACAACUUGCGUGCCACAGCAGCAGUGUGCCACCACGGGUGUGUCACAAGAACCUUGUGUGACCAAGUGCGUGCCGCAGCAGCAGCGUAUGAUUGAGGAUGUGCCACAACAACAUGCCACCAAGUGCGUGACCAGCUAUGUCCCCCAGCAGCAAUGUGCCACCAAGGGCAUCCAGCAGCAGCAGUGUGCCACCAGGUGUGUGACAGCCUGUGUCCCACAGCGACCGUACCUGACCAAGAGCAUCCCACAGCAGCACGGUGCCACCAAGUGUGUCCCGCAACAGUGUGUCACCAUCUACAACCCACAGCAGCCGUGUGCCACCAGGUGUGUCACCACCUGUGUCCCCCAGCAGCGUGCCACCAAGUAUGUCUCGCACCAGUUUGUGACCUCUUGUGCCCCACAGCAGUGUGCCACCACCUAUGUCCCGCAGCAAUGUCCAACCAGGUGCGUGACCAAGUGUGUCCCGCAGCAGAUUGCCACCAAGGGUGCUACCCUUUGUGUCCCACAGCAGCAGCGUGUCACCAAGGGUGUCCCACAGCAGUGUGUGACAACUUGUGUCCCACAGCAGCAGUGUGUGACUAAAUGUGUCCCACAGCAGCAAUGUGCCACCAAGGGUGUCUCACAGCAGUGUGUGCCACCUUGUGUGCCACAGCAGCAAUAUGCCACCAAGGGGGUCCCACAGCAGCAAUGUGCCACCAAGGGUGUCCCACAGCAGCAGUGUGUCACCAAAUGUGUCCCACAACAGUGUGCCACCAAGGGUGUCUCACAGCAGCAAUGUGCCACCAAGGGUGUCUCACAGCAGUGCGUGACAACUUGUGUGCCGCAGCAGCAGUGUGUGACAACUUGUGUCCCACAGCAGCAGUGUGUCACCAAAUGACUCCCACAGCAGCGUGCCACCAAGGGUGUCUCACAGCAGUGUGCCACCAAGGGGGUCCCACAGCAGCAAUGUGCCACCAAAUGUGUCCCACAGCAGCAAUAUCACUCGGGUGGAGUAAAAAUUUCAAGUCACUCCAAAAAAUACCGCUCUGCAUCCAAAUGGCCCUGGUAA